AUGGGCUGGGGACUCGGUGCCACCACCGCCAUCUUUGAGGGCGCAGACCCGUCUCAAGACGGCGGGAAAAAGCCCAUCUUUGUCAAACCAUGGCUGGAGACCGCCUAUGACCAAGGCUUGGUGGCAAAGCCCAUCUUCUCGGUCGUACUCGGCAAGAGGGGCAAAGACGACGCGGACUUGUCAGCUACAGGUUUCCUUACGAUAGGAGGAGCGCCAUCGUCAUCGUCGUUGCCGCUCACGGGUGCCUACGCUACCACGCCAAUCCUCAAAGAGACGUUUGAUCAUUACCAGCUGGAGAACGAGUAUGUCCACUAUGUCAUCCGACCUGAUGGGUUUGUGGUCGACGGAAAGUUCAUUGCCUGGGCACCAGGUACCUCCGCAGGCACCCAUUACGGCGACAGUCAAGAACGGUUCACGAUCCUGGACACCGGUACCGCUUACACCAUGAUUCCGAAGGCCCUUGUAGAGACAAUCGCCGCAGCUUUCGACCCUCCAGCUUCCUUCAGUCAAGAUGACGGGCUUUGGGUGGCUUCGUGCAGUGCGAAGAUACCUCCUGUCGCCAUCCGCGUCAACGGAACGGAUCUUCCCUUCGCCUCAUCAGACGUUCUCGUCGACGGUACUCUAGGCGUAAUCGACGAGGAGAAGCAGACAUGCAUAAUGGGUUUCAUGGAACCAUCUACUCCGCCCUGGGGUGGCGACCUGCCGUAUAUCCUCGGAGCCAACUUCCACAGGAAUGUCUUAGCAGUACACGAUAUCGGUAACAAGGUGAUGACGUUUGGUGCGCUGAAGUGGGAAUGA